AUGGAAAUGGAAACGAGACGAAUGAGGAGAUUCGUGAGUCAUCAAAGACCCAACAACACUCUCCUUCCUCUUCACGCUCCUCCCUCUUCCUCCACUCACCUUUCCAACACCGUUUCCUUCUUCUAUUCCGAUUACAAAUUCACUUUUUUCAAUAAACCUAUUUAUCUCUUCGGUCGCCGAUACGCCAAGUUUUUCAGACUCUGGUUUUCUAUUGGCCUUGGAUUCGCCCUUUCUGUUAUGCUUGCUGUCACUCUGAUUCUGCUUUGGGAGUUAGCAACAGCUUUGCAUCUAUGUGGAGAUAGCAUUAAGUUUCGAAGUGUUGCAGGUGAAUUGCUGUUUGGGUUCCCUCAUUUGCUGUCUGGUUUGAGAUUAUCGCUGGCUGAUGCGGGAUAUAUAUGUAUUUCUACUGUCAUAUCUGUUUUUGUUCAUGAAUUUGGCCAUGCACUCGCCGCCACUAGUGAAGGAGUACAAAUAGAGUACAUUGCCAUCUUCGUCGCAGUUCUAUUUCCUGGUGCUCUGGUUGCCUUCAAUGAUGAGUUGCUGCAAGCUUUACAACAUUUGACUUCCCUCCGCAUAUAUUCUGCGGGGAUUUGGCACAAUGCAGUUUGUUGUGCAGCUUGCGGAUUGACAUUAUUCCUCCUGCCCUUGCUCUUGUUUCCCUUUUACAGCAGUGAUCAUGGCCCGAUGGUUUUGGAUGUACCACCAACCUCACCUUUGUUUGGUUAUUUGGCACCCGGUGAUAUUAUUCUAUCCGUAGAUAAUGUACCCAUCAUAAAUGCUCAAGAGUGGUUGAGGCUUAAUACUUUGACGUAUGACAACCAGCUUAAAAAUAUAAAUAUUUCCCAGCACAUUGGAGACUUGGGUGUUCUCAAUAAUACAAAGGGUUACUGUGUCCCUAGUCUAGUGAUGGAAGCAGGCAAAAUGACUGAAUUGCUGGAAAGUCAACAUGUUUGUCCCGGUGAACUUACUGCCUUCGUAAAACUUUCAUGCUCUGACAAUAUUACACUGGAUGAUGGUCAGAAUGAAACUGAACUAUCAAAUGGGAGAUGGAAUACUCACUGCUUAAACGCCAAAGAUGUUGUCAAACUUGAUAAGUGCGGUGAUGGCUGGGGGCUAGCUACAUCAAAGAGAAGUAGCUGUCUGUGCUCUCAGGAUGAGUUUUGUUUAGCUCCAGUUCAGGAGCCUGGAAUGGUAUGGGUUGAGAUCACAUAUUCAAGUCCUUUUCAUGAGUGUUUGCAUGAAGAAAACAGGUUUCCAGUUUCCAAAACUUCUGGCCUUAAAGAAACUAAUUGUAAUGCUACUUUCAUUUUUGUUGGGGAUGUUAUCUCAAUGGCACGUUCAAUUCACCUAACAUCAUAUCAGCCUCGCUGGGGACCAAAGAUCGUUGCAUAUUUUCCAAAUUUUCUGGAAAGGAUUUUAAUAUGGACAUUCCAUGUUUCUCUAGCUCUGGCUCUUCUCAAUGGUUUACCAGUGUAUUUUCUGGACGGUGAAUCUAUUUUAGAAGAAACUUUAUCUCACUUUACUUCUUUAAGUCCAAGGAAGAGGAAGAAGGUUCUUAGACUAUGUCUCCUUGGUGGGUUACUUGUUUCUCUUUUUGGCCUUUUCCGGUUACUCCUUUAG